GUCCAACCAAAUACAAUACAAGCAAGCGACCAGGAGGGACAGGAAGGAUCGCAGCGGAGGAGAUAGCUAGGGAAGGGCAAAUCUGCAGGGCCUGAGAGGGUGAGGUAGAGCGCGCCAGCCAGAAUGCAGGAGCAGGCGGCGAGCUCGCGGCCUUCCAGCAGCGAGAGGUCGUCCAGCUCCGGGCACCACGUGGACAUGGAGGUCAAGGAAGAACUUCGUUGUUCCAAGUUCCAACGCUUCCGAUAGGUUCUCGUUUGCUUUUGUCGUGCAACUGAACUGCUGCAAGACUUGUCAAGCAAGUCUACUCGAGUUCGAGUCUCGAGCUCUCUCUCCAAGAUCUUGACUCGUUUAUUUGGUGAACUGAUCCAGCCACACCUGUGGUGUGAUUGAGUUGCAGGGAUGGAGAGCGACGAUGAGAUAAGGAGAGUGCCGGAGCUGGGCCUGGAGUUGCCGGGAGCCUCCACGUCGGGCAGGGAGGCUGGCCCUGGCGCUGCGGGCGCAGACCGCGCCCUUGCCCAGUCGUCCACGGCGCAGGCCAGCGCGCGCCGCCGCGUCCGCAGCCACGCCGACAAGGAGCACAAGCGCCUCAAAAGGUUACUGAGGAACAGGGUGUCAGCUCAACAGGCUAGAGAGAGGAAGAAGGCUUAUUUAACUGAUCUGGAGGUGAAGGUGAGAGAUCUGGAGAAGAAGAACUCGGAGAUGGAAGAGAGGCUCUCCACCCUCCAGAACGAGAACCAGAUGCUCCGACAGAUACUGAAGAACACCGCUGUAAACAGAAGAGGUUCAGGAAGCACUGCUAGUGGAGAGGGCCACGGCCAAUAGCACUGAAUGACGGAAAAAUAGUAAUGAAUCAUGAUAAAUAUAUGUUUAUAUGGAGUGGAUUUGGUGAGCUUGCUUUGUGGCCAAAGGAGGGAACCCCAAAAACUGGGGUCAGACAGCCAAGUGCCGACGGUUCAGGGAAAAAGAACUUAUGGAAUUAAUGCAUUUGAUUUUAACAUGGUUUACAUA